AUUUGUCCAAUUGGCUGCUAGAUAUAUCUCCUUUCUCUCUCUUCUCUCUCUCUCUCUCUCUUUUCCUUUUCUCCUUUUGUGCGUGGACAAGUGGUGUACAUUAUAGUUAAAUAUCCAUGGGCAACAGUGUAUCAAAAAUAAGCUGCACUCAUCGCAGAAGAAAAAAGACGGCGGUGGACAAGACUUGCAUCAGCACCCCCACCGACUUUAGGGUAAAAUGAAGAAAAAAGUCUUACUUGUUAUUUAAAAAGAAGAGUACACUGACGAUUCCUCUGGCUAUGCUACUUCUGUUUUAGCACAUGUAUCAUAUUGGCCUUGAUCAAUCGCCCCAAAGAGAUCAACGACGCCUAUCGGGCAUACCACCUGCUGAACAGCUACGACAGCAACUAGCCGAAAUCACCCAAAAGUUACAAGAAAUCACACCCAUUGAUCAUCAACACUUGAACAGAAAUCGCGGUGUACGUCGAUCCAUGACAGCCACCACGCCCAUGGUGAAUCGGAAACCACCACAAACAGUCCCUACCUCUUGCUCACAAUAUCCAGCAACAAAUAGUAAUCGUCAUCCGUCAUUACCUCGUCAACGUGUUGGGUACUGGUUUGAUCGUGUAGGUAGCGACGAAGUUCUAUCGUCUACGAGUAAAAGCAAUUUCAGUGGUAGCGAGGGUGCGUUGUUGCAGGAUGUAUGUAAAGAAACACCACAGCAUAACAUGUCGAUGAUGAAAUGCUAUGUUGAAAGUAAAAUCGAUGCACAAAUCCAAAAGCAUGCAUAUGCACGUCAACGAUCCAAAAGUUGCACAGAUCCAAAUACAGCAGGUGGUAAGUGACGUACAUCCCACACAUAAGCAGAGCAUUAAUAACUCACCUCAUACAUUAGACUAUGUUGAUGGAAAAAAACA